AUGACAAUGCGUAAAGAGGCGGCCCCCCCUCGUGAGUCGGUUCUCGAGGUCAAAAGUGGAGACGUUGCCCGCCUCGAGAGCCUUGGCUACAAGCAAGAGUUUCAGCGGGAAUUCACGCCUUGGGAACUCUUCGGAGUCAUGUUCAGCGCUAUCGGUGCCGUCCCGUCCUUUGCGUCUGUUCUUAUCUACGCUAUACCGAACGGUGGUCCCGUUGCGAUGGUGUGGGGAUGGGCCAUUUGUACCAUCUUCAUCGUCCUCAUAGGUUUAGCUAUAGCAGAAUUAGGAUCUGCUGCGCCAACGUCUGGAGGUCUUUAUUACUGGACUUACUCUCUUUCUUCUCCUCGCUGGCGUUGUCUGCUCUGUUGGCUUGAUUUCAAUACUAUCGGCCUUGUCGCGGGGGUCGCCGCAGUGGAGUGGGGCCUUGCCGUACAGCUGAAUGCAGCAAUCUCCAUCGGCUCCGACGAACGACUUGCGUUGAGUAAUGCCCAUAUAUUCUACGGUACGCAGCACAGCUACGAAAUAUAUCGCGAGGAUACAGUCCCUCCACAUCGCCUUGAAUCUCUUGUGAGUUUAAAGUCACGUUUCAUGACCGAUGUUUCAUUGCGAUCGUCGUCGCGCUUCCUGCUGCCACACCCAAGGAGCAUAGGAACACGGCCAGCUUUACCUUCGGGAACUUUCAAAAUCGCACGUAUUUUGCGCAUGUCAGCACGUGGCGCUAACUAUCUCGCAGUUACUGGAUGGUCGCCUGGAUUUGCGUUUAUCAUGAGCUUCCUGGCUCCUUUGUGGGCAGUCGGUGGCUUUGACGAUCCCGUCCAUAUCAGCGAAGAAGCAUCAAACGCGAGUACUGCGGUGCCAUGGGCCAUUAUCAUGGGAACUUCCGCACCAGCUGUCAUUGGAUGGGUGCUCAACGUCGUUGUGGCGUUCUGUAUGGGAACAGACCUCGGUGACAUAGUAGACAGCACCAUCGGACAACCUCUGGCGGUCGUUUUCCUCAACAGCUUUGGAAAGCCAGGAGCGCUUGCGAUGUGGUCCAUAAUUAUUACUUUGCAAUUCAUGAUGGGGACUAGCACCUUAACCGUUGCUUCUAGACAAAGCUUUGCUUUCUCCCGUGAUGGGGCUUUACCAUUCUCAAGCCGUCUAUAUCGCAUUAACAGACGUACUCAGACGCCUGUCAACUGUGUUUGGUUGGUUGCAGGGCUCGCCGGUGUCUUAGGCCUAUUGUCUUUCGCCGGAUCUGCCGCUAUUGGGGCAGUGUUUACCCUCGCAGCAGCGGCACCAUACGUAGCCUACUCCAUCCCUAUCAUGGCGAGAUUCAUAUUUGACAAUGACUUCAAGCCCGGACCGUUCACCCUGGGGCGAUUCAGUUUCCCUGUGGCAGCGACAGCGGUGGCGUGGAUGCUCUUCGCCGUCGUAGUGUUCCUGUUCCCUGCAAACCCCAAUCCCACAGCGUCCGACAUGAAUUACACAGUCGCGGUCCUGGGAGCGGUCGCACUAGGCUCCCUUCUAUACUACUACUGCCCUGUGUAUGGAGGUGUGCAUUGGUUCAAGGGACCAAUCGCAAACGUCAACCCUCCGGUCCUCCUCUCUUCGCCGGAGCUGGACGAGAAGGACGUGGAAUAUGACACGAUGACGUCUGCUACUUGA